AUGCUCAACCGUCUAACUCACCUCACCCGCCAUCUCCCCCGUCCAUCAUCACUCGCAUCACCACCGUUUCCUCGGCCGCUCUCCUCAACCCUGGUCCCGCGCCCAGGUCCGCCCGCGAUGACAUCAGCGAAACCAAUCCACACGGCCGCGUGCCUGAUCAUCGGCGACGAAGUGCUGGGCGGAAAGACCAUCGACACCAAUUCGCCAUACCUAGCCAAGUUCUGCUUCGGGCUCGGCAUCCAGCUCAAGCGCGUGGAGGUCAUCCCGGAUGAUGAGGAGGAUAUCAUGGAAGCUGUGCGCCGGAUGAGUGCUCGCUAUGACUUUGUUGUUACCAGUGGAGGCAUUGGGCCUACACACGACGACAUCACCUACUCCUCCAUCGCCAAAGCCUUCAACCUCCCGCUCAAACUGCACGCGCCAGCGUUCGAGCGGAUGAAGCAGCUCUCACGCCCACACCCCAUGCAACCAAACUUCGACUGGGAGACGCCCUCCCCAGGCCUAACCGCCAAGCUGCGCAUGGUCGAACUGCCCCACGACCCCGCGCUCCCAGAUGAGGCACAAGCGAUCUUCGUCACGGACGACAUGUGGGUUCCCAUCGCAAUCGUGAACGGCAACGUGCACAUCCUCCCCGGAGUGCCGCGCCUAUUCGAGCGGCUGCUUGAGCACCUCAAACCCGUACUGAUCCCCCGGCUGGCUGAUCCGGAGGGCAAGGGGAGUUUCCGCAUUCUGAUUAGUACCCCGUUGCCGGAGAGCGCCGUGGCGCCGUAUCUGACUGAGCUUGCGAGUAAGGUUGAGCCGCUGGGUGUGAAGGUGGGUAGUUAUCCGCGCUGGGGAAAGAAGCGGAAUACUGUUACUCUUGUUGGUGCAGAUCAGGCGUAUAUGGAAUCGUUGGUUAAGGAGGUUGAGGAGGGUGUGCAGGGGAAGAGGGUCUCGAAGGAGGAUGAGUUGGAUCCGCCUGCCCAUACGGAUCAGGUGUAUAGUCAGUAG